AUGACUGGAAGUCAAUGCUGGAGCGGCAGCCACAUGAAGUGUGGCCAGUCGUUCCGUGUGCGCCACAUCACCACGGGCCGUUACCUCUGUCUGGACGAGGAGAAGGGCCUGAUGGUCCUCGACCCUGAGAGGGCCAACACCAAACUGUCUGCCUUCAGCUUCCGCGUGUCAAAGGAGAAGGUGGAACAGGCUCGUAAGCGAGACGUGGAGGGAAUGGGCAUCCCAGAGAUCAAGUAUGGAGAGUCCAUGUGUUUUGUCCAGCACGUGUCCACCAGCCUGUGGCUUACCUACGCCUCCCUGGAUGCUAAGGCUGCUCGCCUGGGGACCAUGAAGAGGAAGGCCAUUCUGCACCAGGAGGGUCACAUGGACGACGCCCUGACUGUGGCGCGGUCCCAGACAGAGGAGUCUCAGGCUGCUAGGAUGAUCUUUAGCACCUCAGGGCUCUUCAGGCAGUUCAUCAAGGGUCUGGACUCCCUGCAGGGGAAGAAUAAGUCCCCUGUCCCCAUGCCUCUACCCCUGGACGGGGUCGUCCUCUCCCUGCAGGACCUUAUCUUCUACUUCCGUCCCCCCGAAGACGAGCUGGAACACGAGGAGAAACAGACAAAGCUGCGCUCCCUCCGAAACCGACAGAACCUCUUCCAAGAGGAGGGUAUGAUCACCAUCGUGCUAGAGUGUAUCGACCGUCUGAACGUUUACAACACUGCUGCUCACUUCUCUGAGUUCGCCGGAGAGGAGGCCGCUGAGUCCUGGAAGGAGAUUGUCAACUUGCUCUAUGAGCUGCUGGCCUCUCUGAUCAGGGGGAACCGUUCUAACUGUGCGCUGUUCUGUGAUAACCUGGACUGGCUGGUCAGCAAACUGGACCGGUUGGAGGCCUCUUCAGGUAUCUUGGAGGUGUUGCACUGUGUCCUGAUUGAGAGUCCAGAGGUUCUGAACAUCAUUCAGGAGAACCACAUCAAAUCUAUCAUCUCUUUGCUGGACAAACAUGGCAGAAACCACAAGGUGUUGGACGUGCUCCGGUCUCUUUGUGUGUGUAACGGUGUGGCAGUAAGGUCCAAUCAGAACCUCAUCACAGAGAAUCUAUUUCCAGGUCGCGAUCUCCUAUUGCAGACCAACAUCGUCAACUACGUAACCAGUGUGAGGCCCAACAUCUUCCUGGGGACCUGCGAAGGCUCCACUCAGUAUAAGAAGUGGUACUUUGAGAUGAUGGUAGACUAUGUGGAGCCUUUCGUGACAGCCACACCCUCUCACCUGCGUGUGGGCUGGGCCCUGACAGAGGGGUAUUCCCCCUAUCCUGGGGGCGGAGAGGGCUGGGGUGGCAACGGGGUGGGGGAUGACCUCUACUCGUACGGCUUCGAUGGACUGCACCUGUGGUCAGGUCACGUCCCCCGCCAGGUGGCAUCGCCCAAUCAGCAUGCCCUAGCAGCUGAUGAUGUGGUGUCGUGCUGUCUGGACCUGAGCGUGCCCAGUAUCUCGUUCCGGGUCAACGGCCACCCGGUCCAGGGCAUGUUCGAGAACUUCAACGUAGAUGGACUGUUCUUCCCUGUCAUCAGUUUCUCUGCUGGAGUCAAAGCUCGUUUACUGUUGGGUGGUCGCCAUGGAGACUUUAAGUUCCUGCCCCCCCCGGGCUAUGCGCCGUGCUACGAGGCUCUGCUACCCAAGGACAGGAUGAGGAUCGAACCCAUCAAGGAGUACAAACACGACUUUGACGGAGUCCGAAACUUGCUGGGGCCAACCCAGUCCCUCACACACACCUCCUUUACCCCCAAUCCUGUAGACACUGCUCAGAUCGUGUUGCCGCCCCACCUGGAGAAGAUCAGGGAGAAGCUGGCAGAGAACAUCCACUCGCUGUGGGCCAUCACGCGCAUCGAGCAGGGCUGGACUUAUGGAAUAGUGAGUCUAUUACCCCUUUAA